AUGUGCAAAAAUUUUGACGACCAUGGCAUUAACACCCCAAUUGCGUCUAACCCGAAAGUUCCUCACUACGAAGACGGGGAAAUGAAAGAAACUGGCGAUAUAGAAAAUGCUGCAGGCCAGCUCAAGGAGAUUCACCAGUUCAGACAGGGUCUUCAUGAGCGACACAUUCAGAUGAUUGCCCUCGCCGGCACGGUGGGGACGGGUAUUUUCCUCAGUUCGGGCCGUGCCAUUGUGGAAGCUGGACCACUGGGUGCGUUCUUGGCGUACACAAUUAUUGGCGCUACGGUUGCGAGUGUCGUCUUCGGCGUUGGUGAAAUGGGAGCCCUAGCACCUCUCAAUGGCGGUGUUAUUCGAUACGCAGAGGUCUUCUGUGACCCCGCGCUCGCGUUCGCCAACGGAUGGAACCAAGUAUACUCCUACACUGUGUCGAUUCCGUCGGAAAUUGUCGCUGCGGCUGUUAUUAUCGAGUUCUGGAUCACUGUCAAUAACGCAAUAUGGAUUACUGUGCUUGGUGCCCUCAUGCUUUCGACCGCGUUUGUCUUUGUUCGCGUGUACGGAGAGCUCGAGUUUGGCUUUUCGAUCCUCAAAAUUAUGCUCAUCAUAGGCAUCAACAUCAUGGCUUUGGUGAUUACCUGUGGAGGAGGCCCGGAUAAGACGUCCAUCGGAUUUGCCUACUGGAAAGCCCCCUAUGGCCCCUUCAUCCAGUACCUGGGAGUGGGUGGGUCCCUCGGCCGAUUUUUAGGAUUCUGGAAAACAUUCGACAACGCUCUCUUCGCUUACUCUGGUAUCGAAAACUUCACCCUCGCUGCAGCCGAGACGCGAAAUCCUCGUCAAGCUAUUCCUAUGGCCGCCAGACGUAUCUUCAUCCGAAUUUUGCUCUUCUACGUGGUGACAAUCUUCAUGGUUGGUCUGGUUGUUUCAUCUGCCGAUCCGAAUCUUCUGGGCUCGUCCGGGACAGCCUCGCAGUCCCCUUUUGUUAUCGCAGCUCGCCAUGCUGGUAUCAAGGUCGUUCCCUCGAUUAUCAACGCAGUUGUUCUCACGUCAGCAUGGUCCUCCGGAAACAGCAAUAUCUUGGGUGGUUCCAGAAUCCUAUACGGCAUGGCGACCCAGGGCCACGCCCCUGCUGUCUUCAAGCGUAUCAACCGAUUUGGUAUCCCUUGGGUUGCAGUCUCACUCUAUGGCGUUUUCAUGGCACUCGGAUAUAUGAGUCUUUCCAGUUCGGCCAGUACGGUAUUCACAUGGCUGCAGAAUCUUGUCUCGAUCUCUACUCUAGUGAACUUGAUGUGCAUCUGCAUUGUUUAUCUUAGAUUCUACUACGGAUGCAAGAAGCAGGGAAUCGAUCGCUUCAAGGAGCUCCCGUGGGCAGCACCUUUUCAGCCAUACAUAACAUGGAUCUCCUUGAUCAUAUACAUUAUUUUGUUCUUCACUGGAGGGUUUUCGACAUUUAUGCGGGGCCAUUGGAAUACUGCAACCUUUGUUUCGACUUAUUUCAACCUGCCGUUCAUCGUUAUUGUGUAUUUUGCCUACAAAUUCUGGGCAAAGACGAAGAUCAUCCCGCUGGCGGAAAUUCCAAUUCGGCCUUUCAUCGAAAGCUGGCACAAAAAUCCGGAGCCGAUGCCGAAGCCAAAGCGCGGUCUUGCGAAACUCAAUAUUUUGUGGUCAUGA